AUGGGGAAAAGAUUUGAAAGCAACAAAUACGCCGUUCCAAAAGACAAAGAGCUACUACCAGCAAUGGAGAUUCCUUAUGUAAUUAUUGCAGAUGAAACCUUCCCUCUUAAAACCUAUUUGAUGCGUCCAUACAGCAAAGCAGCCAUUACAAGUGACGAAGAGAAGGUAUACAACUACCGUCAUGCAAGAGCUCGACGGACUGUAGAAAAUGCGUUCGGAAUUCUAGCCGGGCGCUGGAGAAUAUUUCUGAAGCCUAUUGAAACCAAACCAGAAACUGCCGAUCUAAUAGUUCUAGCUUCCACCUGUCUACACAACAUGCUUCGGAAUACAUCAACAAAUAUUUCCCCUUUCGAGGAACAAAUCAGAAUGGAAAGUGAACACAUUCAUGGUGUAGCCAACCUCGAACCCAUUCGUAGAAAUUUCGUGAGAGAAGCGGCCAUCACCAGAGAUAAGUUCAAAAAGUACUUCGUUUCUGAUUAUGGUUCAGCAAGUUGUCCUUGGCAAUGGCACUCCAUUAGAAAGGGUAGAGUUGCUCCAUGA